UUCUUCUGACUUCUUUGCGCUUCCAGGCUCCAGUCCAGUCCUUGCUCUCCUCGUCCUCCGUCACUCGCAGACCCGUCCUCUCGCCUCGCCUCGCUUCGCUUCCAAGUCCCAAUGCCGAAGCAACAGCUUACCUCACGGCGCGCGCCAAGGUCUUGAGCGCACCCCAAGCCGUGAUACGCACAUGGCGGCGCCGGGGCUGGACGAGGUCAUGGCGUUCCUCACCGACCACGGCUUCGAGAGCACCGCCUCCGCCCUCCGCGACGACGUCCUCGCGCGCGCCUCCGCCGCCGGGGACGCCGACUCCGAUGCCGCGUUAGAUCCCCAGCUCCCGCCCCUCCGGUUGCCGGCGUCCACCUCCGCAGGCGGUGGGGCGGCGGCGGAGCCUGCAAGCCCCGGCUCCAGCAAUGAUUCGGCGUCGUCCUCUGCCUUCGUCAGCAUGCGCUCCUCACCCUCAGGGAUGCUGAAUCCGUAUGGACUGUGGUCGCCGCCGCACUCGGACGCAUCAUCAUCGGAGAUGGAGUUUGGCACAGCGCGCCAGUACGACGCCACCGACUUCUUUUUCCAAGAAGGUUGGCUUUAUGACGACCAUCUCUUCCAUAGCAAGCCGGAGCUGGACAACAACAAUGGGGAAGACAAGGAGGAGGACAAGUUUGUCCUUGGUGUCCACGAUGGCUCAGGGAGCAUAGAAAUGGGAGUGCUUAGUGCCGGUGACGAUCACCGCCACGAACAUGUUGGAGAUGUCGGUUGUGAGGGAUGCGCGGAGGUGUACACGUGUUCAUCACCGCUCUGCGGAUGCUGUGGCGUGGGACUGAAGAACGAGGAGGGGCUAGAGGUGAUCAAGGAUCCUAGCUCCACCGUGUAUGGGAGGUACCAGAUCAUUGAUGACCAGACAGAGAUACUUGAUGAGUGUGGCAUGGAUGGGCUUCAGUUGAAGCACCCUGGGGACGCUGUGCUCGAGUGUCAUUUGCCAAGAGAUUCUGGGGAAGGAGAUGAGCGAUCGGAGCCGAGUGUAGUGGAGAAGGAGCUUCAAAUGCUCAGUUCAUUUGGUACUAGUGCUGAUGCAGAUGCUUUUACAGGUCCUGGAAUUGUGUGGGAUAUCAGAGACAAUGCCAAGGUGAAUGAUAGCAUUGAAAAGAAUAUGAAAAAUAGUAGCGACAAACAUCUGAAAGAAGGUUAUAGCAUAGACCCUUUCCCUGAGAGUGCUGAUGAUGAUGCCUUUGAGUUUGGAGAUAUCGGGCCAUUGAGUAGUGAUGCCCGAAACUCUACUGUUAAAGCUGAGGAAGAAGACACAAAGACAAAUGUUGAUCUCUCUCUCGCUAAUUUCCAUCGAGAAUAUGAGGUAUUUGAACUGAGAAUUGUCCACCGCAAGAACAGGACCGGAUUUGAAGCAAGCAAAGAUUUCCCCAUUGUCAUAAAUUCAGUUAUAGCAGGAAGAUAUUAUGUCACUGAAUACCUUGGCUCAGCUGCAUUCAGUAAAGUUGUGCAAGCACAUGAUCUUCAGACAGGAACGGAUAUUUGCCUUAAAAUAAUAAAAAAUGAUAAGGAUUUCUUUGAUCAGAGUCUGGAUGAAAUCAAGCUUCUGAAGUUUGUGAACAAAUAUGAUCCAUUAGAUGAGCAUCAUGUGUUGCGUCUCUAUGACUAUUUUUAUCAUCAGGAACACCUUUUUAUUGUCACUGAAUUACUGCGAGCAAAUCUAUAUGAAUUCCAAAAAUACAAUCAGGAAUCUGGUGGUGAAGCAUACUUCACAUUGCCUAGAAUACAGUCAAUAGCUCGGCAAUGUUUAGAAGCCUUGGUAUAUUUGCAUCAUUUGAGGAUCAUUCACUGUGACCUGAAGCCUGAGAAUAUCCUUAUAAAGAGCUACAGCAGGUGCGAAAUUAAGAUUAUUGAUCUUGGAAGUAGUUGCUUCUUGACGGACAAUUUAUGCCUCUAUGUACAAUCACGGUCUUAUCGAGCUCCUGAGGUCAUUUUGGGCCUUCCUUAUGAUCAGAGGAUUGAUAUUUGGUCUCUUGGUUGCAUCCUUGCGGAACUCUACACUGGUGAUGUAUUAUUUCCUAAUGAACCAGUGCCCAUGAUGCUUGCUCAAAUGAUCGGGAUAAUUGGCCCAAUUGACAUGGAAAUGCUUGCACUGGGAGAGGAGACACAAAAGUAUUUCACCGAUGAUUACGACCUUUUCACCAAGAACGAGGAAACAGAUCAAUUCGAGUAUUUGAUCCCACAGAAGUCCUCUCUGCAACGUCACUUGCAAUGCGCUGACUCAGAGUUUGUUGAUUUUCUGUCCUAUCUGCUGCAAAUAAACCCCAGAAGAAGACCAACAGCAAGUGAAGCACUACAACAUCAUUGGCUUUCAUUUGCAUACUAACGACUAAUGAGAAAUCAACCGGUCGUUUCGUCUGUUUUAAUUCCUUUGUUCGAUUGCUCCCAAGUCGAAUCUUCUGCAAAAUGGAUUCUGAUAUUUCCCCCAUGACAUGGAACAUUACACAUUCCUUGAGUUUUAGAAGGAUUUACCUCUGUGGUUGCAGAGUUUUCUUAUUCCGUUUCUCCAGGGCAAUUCUUGGAGUGGAAGCCCUGCUUUCAGUGUUAAGAUUCAUGAGUGUAUGUAAAUAUGAGGAAUUUUUCCUGUGUACAUGUACAGUUGAAACAAGCUCUUUGUAAGCCUCUGGUUCUUCUUUGACAGCAGAAUGAAAAUACGAAAUAAUCAUCCAGCAUUUAUUCAGCUGUGGACGUACUUAUAUUAAAA